CUUCUCUUCCUUCCUCAUUCUGCUAUAUAUUAAAAAAAUAGCACUCUUUAAUAAAGAUCUACCUUCAGUCCUAUCAAGUUUUAGCUUUAACCAUGGCUUCAUUCGCAGCAAGUGUAUCAUCCUCAGAGCUGGCUAGUCCUUCAGCGGCGGUCAGCUCUGCCCCGGUAUCUUCAACUUCGGCUGUGCAGCUACCAUUGUCGGACUUGCCCAUGGGUUGGCAACAACGUCACACAUUAAAGACCAAUCGAACCCGUACUGUGUCUUGGCCGGGAUUCCCAGCUGCAUCAAAAUCCGUUUUGAAACCACUACCUGCGCACCAUCGGUAUAGGCAUAGUGGGCUAUCAGCACCCCUAUUACUACCAUUAAAUGUGAGAAAUACUUUUCGUCUUAUGGGGAUUCUCUCGGUGGUUUCCUCGCUGAUGGCCCUUCCCUGGCACUCAUAUGGACAUACGAACUACAAACAGGGGUUUGGGCGAGGGACCGAGUUCUUGACUAUUACAGGCAUGGUAACCUUACUCUGUCUUUGCCUGGGUAUUGUAGGUGAUCACUUUCAGACAAAAAGUAAGUCGUAUUUUUACAUGUAUUAAAAUAUAGUCCGUCCCAUUAAAAAACGAGACAUCCCAUCUAGUGUUAAAAGAAGAAGUGUAUUAGAACAAAGAAAUAAAA